AUGACAGUAUCGUACCAAUCUAUUCUAAUGGAUAACGAAAAACCUGAAGUGGUUGUUCCCAGGACGCACUUCCAUGAACUCCAUGAAGAGGAUACUCAAUUAUCGGAUGAUGCGCGUGUUGGACACCAUCUGUUCAUGGAUGAAGCACAGGUGGAAGAAGAGCGGAAAACGAGAGGGGACAGUGUCUGGCGAGUGUUGAAUGAGAGACAAAUUAAUCCUAUUUCGAUUCCUAGCACCAUCGGAAAUGGGCUUUUUCUCGGUAGUGGUCGAUCCCUUGCCUCUGCUGGGCCUGGUGGCGCAGUCCUUGGCUAUAUACUUAUGGGCACGGUUAUCGCGUCGGUCGUCUCUUGUCUAGGUGAAAUGACAGCGCUGAUGCCGGUGAAUGCUCCUGUUAUGGAGUUCCCUCGCCGCUUCUUAGACCGUGGGGUUGGUUUUGCCAUCGGUUGGAUAUACUGGUUCGCGUACGCUGUUCUAGCCGCUGACCAGCUAGUCGCCGUAGCAAAUACUAUCCGCUUUAAGUAUGUCGACGACAAAGGGAUCCAUUUGGAAUGGGUGACCGGAGGGAGUGUCCAUCCCGCAGUGUGGGUGUCUGUGGUUUUGAUAGCCGUAACAUUAAUCAACACGCUGCCCGUGAAGUACUAUGGCCAACUUGAAUACGUCUUUGGGUGCAUAAAAAUCUGUUUUCUCGUUUUGGUUAUCUUACUGAUGGUUAUUUUGGAUACCACUCAGCCGCUGGAUACCAGUUACUACACGACCCCAGUCGGUACCAGAUACUGGGACUCACCGUACUCCUUUUUUGCGCCGCGUUAUACGGUCAGGAGUCAUACGACCGGCGAAGUUCAGCGAGUGAUCGAGGGUUCCGUCGGGACAUUUCUUGGGAUGUGGACGACCUUCACAAACAUUAUUUUUUCGUAUGUAGGCAUGGACAUGGUUGCAGCCACAGCAGCAGAAAGUAAAGCUUUGUCCAAUGCCGAGAGCAUGAAGAUGGCAUCGCGCAAGGUUUCCAUACGAGCAGUGACACUGUAUACCCUCUGCAUGUUGACGUCUUCAUUUGUCGUCCCUUACGAUCACCCUUUUCUCAACGGCCGGGGGCAAUCCGAGAGCGCACACUCGAUAUUUUUGAUCGCUGUAGUCCAGGGAGGUCUUCCAGCGGCUGCCCACUUUUUCAAUGCAAUCUACCUAUUUUCAGCUUUUUCCUCCGGUAUUAACUCCAUGUACGUCUCCUCAAGAGUUUUGCAUACUCUAGCGCUGCGUGAUCAAACAGGGCCGGAGUUUAUCACGAGAAGGCUGCGUCAAUGCCACAAUGGUGUACCACUCAGGGCAGUUCUGGUAACUGGCGCAUUGAUGUGUCUCGGAUACUUGGGGACUGGGUCCUCUGGCCAGAGACUGAGCGAGCUUUCGACGAACUGUACAGUGUCCUGUUUGAUUGUGUACAUUGUCAUCUGCGGGACUUACUUAGGUUUUUUCAAAACGCUACAUGAUGUUAAGCGCUACGGAAAUACAUCAGAAGCCCAAGCCGCCUGCUAUGACCGUAACCACCCGCAGUAUCCUUAUAAAUCCCACGGCCAGUGGUUAAAAGCUUGCUACGGCUUGGUUGUAUGCACCGUCCUGGUGGUCUUUAAUGGAGUGCCCUCCUUCUUACAGGACCCAUUCGAUAUUCGAGGGUUCUUUGCAUCGUAUAUUGGAGUCCCGGUAUUCUUUGUGCUUGUCAUAGGCUACAAGCUGUCAAAGCACGGAUUCAACUUUUCGCAAUGGGGCCCAGAGAGGUCCAACGAUCUCGGCAACUGUGUCCAGGUCACAAGCGAGAGGAGAAAAGGAAGAUUGCAUUUUCCAGACGAAGGGCUUACCAAAGGUAACGUCCUUGAGUUGAUCCAAUGGAUCUGGUCUAAGUUAGCCUCAAGUUCCUCAACCCUUGACACUUGGUUUGACCACACCCUUGGGACUUUGAAGAAAAGUGGAGGUCUCGUAUUCGUCAAAUUAGACCCAGACCUUGAAUCAACAGCAGAAGCAAAAGGAGGAGAGCAGGGAAGUGUUGGCCCAACAUCAUGGGGCUAA